AUGAGUCAAUCACCAAUCACUCAAGUCAGUCCAGAAAACCCAGAAACCCAAUCUACUCCUUCGAAAAAUGUUUCCAUCUCAACUUCCACUACAUCCACUACCCUUGCAAAUCCAGGUCCACCCGCAACUACAAGUCCAAAAUCCCCGGCAAACACCGGAGCUACCCAACGCCCGCCACCGCGUUCAUUUUUCUCCUUGCUUUUUUGUUGCACAUGGGGUGCUGGUUCCAUAGUCAAUGAAAGCGACAAGGUGGAACCCACCACUGGCGCCUCUGUCGCAGUAACGUCAUCCGCGACUACACCUAAAGCUACUCCCAAAAAGCCGCCAGUGGAGCAAGAAAAACCAUCGGACGCAACCACUCAACCAGUGGUACCUGAGACGCCUGUGGAAGAGCCGGUCGAAGAGUUAAUUCAUCAAGCAGACUUUGUUGUACCAGUUGAAAUUGAGAAUCAAAUGCAUAAUGUUUAUGUGAUAAAGCGACCAGGUGUCGAUCAAUUUUUGAGAAAGAUGGGCGAAAUAUAUGAGAUUGUUGUGUUCACGGCUAGUUUGUCCAAGUACGCCGAUCCCGUCCUCGACAUGCUGGAUCAAACUAAAGUUGUGAAACAUCGGUUGUUCAGAGAAUCAUGUUAUAAUCAUAAGGGAAAUUAUGUGAAGGACUUGUCGCAACUCGGUAGGGAACUUCGAGAAACCAUCAUUAUUGACAAUUCACCAGCUAGCUAUAUCUUCCACCCCACCAAUGCUGUCCCGAUAUCGUCAUGGUUUAAUGACCCCCAUGAUACCGAAUUGUUGGAUCUGAUACCAUUUUUGGAGGAUUUGACGACGGUAGACGACGUGAUGGUGGUUCUGGAUUCUUCUAAUGAAGCUCACUAG